CGGCGCCAUCACCACCUCUCUCGUCGUACGAUUCCAAGGGCUACAUACUCAUAAGGAGCAGAAUUCAUUGCUGAGCCACCACUCAACCCUGCUUUUGCCUUGAACCGAAGAAACGAUGGCGACAACUGCUACCCUCCCCGUCACGGAGUCGUCCGUCCUGAUGAACGCCCCUGGGGACAAGUAUCGCGGUGCGGUGGUCGAGGAUCUGCAACUUCAGCCCGCCUUCGCGCUACCAUCGACAGAAGCAAUCUCUCGGGCGAUCGAGCUUGCUUACGAUCGCGACUUCUCCCAUAUCCCGGUCCUGGACAAGCGGAGAAGACCUCUUGGCUAUGUGGAUGUGGCCAAGCUCAAGAAGACAUGGGAGGCGGGCGGUGCGGACCCGAGCGCACCUGUAUCGCAAUUCAUGACCAGGUUCAAGCGAUCAUCAUCAGAACCGUACACGACGAUUACGCCGGCAACACCUCUUGCUGACCUUGAAGACUUCCUGAAGGCGAACCUCUUCGCAUUGGUAACGGACGACGACAGGAAGUUCGUGCUCGGUGUUGUCACGGCGCAAGAUCUGGAGAACUUUGUCAGUCGUCGCGGCUUCUGAGCUACUCGCGCACGUUCGAACGAAGCAAAUCGCGGCUGAGCAUCGACGAAGUCCCGGCAUAUGGGGACCUCCGUUUCUUGGGCCGCGGGCGCGGCUCGAAGCUUGAGGACUCACAUUGCUUCUCGUUGACCUUCUACUCAUUCGACUGGUCAGUAAUUGGCUAGUUGAUCCCAUCCUAGUUCAACACGCAGGCAGUACUACUAUGUAUCAAUAUCAAUAAUUUAGAAAGAGGCUUGGAAGGCUCUGAUCGUUUUCCUUACAUCCUUGCUAAGCCUGCCUAGACAUUUUACCUCUCUGUAAGUUGACACAAGCUGAGCACCGAGUGCGCAUCG